AUGGAGGUGCAAAGUCCGUAUUUCAAGAACGAAAAUGGUUACUAUCUGGGGUUGUAUGAUCCGAGAAAUUACAUCCCAUGGCCAGCAGCAAGUCCGGAGCGACUGGAUUGGGCCGAGAAGAGUCUGUUGAAAACCGUGGAGACGCCUUUGGAGUACAAAUCAGUAAAGGUAUGUGGGUUAUUUUGUUCUUGUUGAAAUUUAGGUAACAAUGGAUGUUAUUGUCGGUAACAAUGGAUGUUAUUACGGUGAUUACUUUGAGUAUUGCAGGUGAGACAUUGGAACGGCUCAGUGUGCACAGUGGUUUGCAAACAAGAGCGUCCAACUGCUAAGAAACAAGAUAUCCCAUUCGUUCUUAUUCAUGACAUGUUUUUGGGUAAAGCCGUGUGGAAUCAGAACUUGGAUGAGCUCUCCAAGAAACGAACAACGUAUGCCUUUGAUCUACUUGGUUGGGGAAGCUCUUCUCGCCCUGAUUUCCCCGCGGACGCGACAUUAGCCGAGUUGGAAUGGGUGCGAACAAUCGACGAUUGGAGGAAGGAGUUGAAGAUCGAAAAAAUGAUCUUGGUUGGUCAUGGACUUGGUAAGUAGUCGAUUCAUUAGUGAGAUUAUGAAGUUUAGGCGGUUUUCUGGCAGCUUCUUAUGCUCUGGAACAUCCGAGUCAUGUUCGGCAUCUUGUUUUGGUGGACCCAUGGGGAUUUGUACCCAAACCACCGGAUGAUCAGGUAAGUUCGUUUUGUUAAAGAAGGAAUUUUAGUUUGAAAUUCUUUCACAGACCUUUUUGACGAGCUAAUAAAGGGUUUUCACGGCUUUUUAUUGACUUCCAGAGCUACGCAUACCAAUGGAUUCACACUCUCGGAUAUUACCUGUCAAAGUUUAAUCCGUUGACGUUUCUUCGAUUGCUCGGGCAACUUGGUAGGUAAAAAAGGUCGUAUAUUUAUUCUGGUGACUUUUCAUAUAGUUUACUAUCUAAAUUUUGCCCAAAUUCACGGAAAUUUUUUUUCUGAUGUCAAGUAUAAUAUAAUUUUUUUAGCGCCCCCGUUCCUCCGGAUCUUUCGCGCCGAUUUCCGUAAGAAAUUCAAUUCCGUGGACCCAUAUGCGAUUUACGAGUAUAUUUAUCAAGCGAAUGCUCGGAAUCCAACGGGCGAAUCGGCCCUUCAUCAGUUGAGUUACGACUUUUGCUGGCCGAAACGGCCAAUGAUUGAGAGAUUUGUGGGCAUCGAUAAAGGUGUUCCAGUCACAUUCAUCUGUGGAUCUAGAAGUAAUAUUAGCCCUGAACCUUUCUAUGAGUUGCAGAACUUCCGAAACGACUGUUACAUUCGGGUUGAGGUGAGUUUUGGAGGGGAAAAGGGAUAAAAAUGGUGAUUUUGGGUGAAAUUUUUAUUUCCAAGGAAAGUACUUUUAUAUACCUACAAAAAAUUGCAAAUUGGUAAAAUACAACAAAAACAAUAAAACUGGUUUUAUAAAAAGCUUGACUGGCAAAUUUAACAAGAAAAGUACUUGUAUGGGGUAUGGAGUUACAGGUCGAGAGAUAUAUCAAAAAAAAUCGCAAAAUUUUUCAGAUUCGGAAUAUGUAAAAGUUAGCUGCUUAAUUUUGGUUUGCAAGGGUGAAAAAUCCUCAAAACUUUUCUCGGAACACCACACAAAUGCCUUUUUGACUAAGUUUUUAACAAUUCAAAAACUUUGUUUUGAGCUAAAGUAAACCCUGGUAUCUUGACAAGCCUUACAAUAUCAAAAAAUCCUUCUCGCAACACCACACAAAUGCCCUUUUUUUAUAUUGGAACUACUAAUUAAAGUGUAGUAUUAAUCAAGUUUGAUAUUGUAAGGCUUGUCAAGAUACCAGGGUUUACUUUAGCUCAAAAAAAAAAGCUUUUGAUUUGGUAAAAACUUGGUCAAAAAGGUAUUUGUGUGGUGUUCCGAGACAAGUUCUGACUAUUUUUUCACCCUUACAAACCAAAAUUAGGCAGCUAACUUUUACAUAUUAUGAAUCAGAAAAAUUUUGCGACUUUUUUGAUAUGUGUCUCGACUUGUAACUCCAUACCCCAUAGAAGUAAUUUCCUGGUAAAAACGAUUUAAAACAACUUUCAAGGUUAAUGCGAGGUAAAAAUCGAUUUUCAGUUUGUAAAUGCCGGUCAUCAUGUGAAUGCGGACAAUCCGGAGGAAUUCCACUGCUUGAUGUUCGAGAUCUCAAAUCAAGUCGAUUCUGAUGAGGAUUUGAAUCCGAGCAACUCAAAUAUUGACGAGCAUGACAGCUGUAAUCAGGCAUGUUGA